AGCUUACCAUCAACAAUUACUAGAGGAUUUUUUUUUUUUCAACAGAAUGCAAGAGAGAAAGAUGUGGGUUGGAUGCCAAUUUCCUUGUGGUACGGAUACAAGACCUGACAACUUAGCAGCAUGAAUUAAAAGAAAAAUAGAGAUCAAUGUUAAAUUUGACUCCAGAGCGUGUACCAUGGAGAAAAGGAAGGGACUGUUAAUUUCACUGUUUUACUUUAUGGCCGAGAUUUGGUUGAGUUCUCAGCAAGUCCUUAGAAUCGGGGGAAUAUUUGAGACCCUCGAGAAUGAGCCUAUAAGUCUAGAAGAACUAGCCUUCAAAUUUGCUGUAACCAAUAUAAACAGAAAUCGAACCUUGAUGCCAAACACCACAUUGACCUAUGACAUUCAGAGGAUAAACCUAUUUGACAGUUUUGAGGCCUCCAGAAGAGCCUGUGACCAGCUGGCUCUGGGUGUGGCAGCAGUCUUUGGCCCCUCCCACAGCUCAUCUGUCAGUGCGGUCCAGUCCAUUUGUAAUGCUCUGGAGGUCCCCCACAUCCAGACCCGCUGGAAGCACCCUUCAGUGGAUAAUAAAGACAGCUUUUACAUAAACCUCUACCCUGAAUAUGCCUCCAUCAGCAGAGCUAUCCUGGACAUUGUGCAAUUCUACAAGUGGAAAGCAGUCACUGUGGUGUAUGAGGACAGCACUGGCUUAAUUCGUCUGCAAGAGUUGAUCAAAGCGCCGUCCAGAUACAACAUUAAAAUCAAAAUCCGCCAGUUGCCGACAGGGAACAAGGACGCCCGACCACUGCUGAAGGAGAUGAAGAAGGGGAAGGAGUUCUAUGUGAUUUUCGACUGCUCUUACCAGACUGCUGCAGACAUUCUCAAACAGAUUCUGUCCAUGGGGAUGAUGACUGAAUACUACCAUUUCUUCUUCACUACUCUAGACCUGUUUGCCCUGGACCUGGAGCCUUACAGAUACAGUGGUGUGAACAUGACCGGGUUCCGCCUCCUCAACAUUGACAACCCACAAGUUGCCUCUGUGGUAGAGAAGUGGUCCAUGGAGCGCCUGCAGGCCCCGCCCAAACCUGAAAGCGGUCUCCUGGACGACAUGAUGACAACGGAGGCGGCGCUGAUGUACGAUGCCGUGUACAUGGUGGCCGUGGCGUCACAGCGUGCCAACCAGAUGACGGUCAGCUCCUUGCAGUGCCACCGGCACAAGCCCUGGCGCUUUGGCGCACGCUUCAUGAACAUGUUCAAAGAGGCCCAAUGGAAUGGUCUGACAGGACUCAUAGUCAUAAACAAGACGGAUGGCUUGCGGAAAGAAUUUGACUUAGAUGUCAUCAGCCUCAAGGAGGAUGGCAUGGAAAAGAUAUCUAUCGAGGGCUCUAGCCGCCUAAAUAAAGUGUGGAAAAAGAUUGGAGUCUGGAACUCCAACAGUGGCCUUAACUUGACUGACAGCAACAAGGAGAAGACCACAAAUGUCACUGAUUCCAUGGCAAACAGAACUCUCAUUGUCACUACAAUUCUGGAAAACCCAUAUGUAAUGUAUAAGAAAUCAGACAAGCCUUUGUAUGGCAAUGACCGGUUUGAAGGGUACUGUCUGGACUUGCUGAAAGAGCUGUCAAACAUUCUUGGCUUUGCAUAUGAAGUGAAACUGGUGUCGGAUGGGAAGUAUGGGGCGCAAAACGACAAGGGAGAGUGGAAUGGCAUGGUCCGGGAACUCAUAGAUCACGUAGCUGACUUGGCAGUGGCGCCGCUUACAAUCACCUACGUCAGGGAGAAGGUGAUUGAUUUCUCCAAACCAUUCAUGACCCUGGGAAUCAGCAUUCUGUACCAUAAGCCCAACGGUACCAACCCGGGGGUGUUCUCCUUCCUCAACCCCCUGUCGCCUGAUAUCUGGAUGUAUGUCCUGCUCGCCUGCCUGGGUGUCAGCUGUGUGCUGUUUGUCAUCGCCAGGUUCACACCCUAUGAGUGGUACAACCCUCAUCCUUGCAACCCAGAUUCAGAUGUGGUGGAAAACAAUUUCACUUUGCUAAACAGCUUCUGGUUUGGCGUUGGAGCCCUCAUGCAGCAAGGAUCCGAGCUGAUGCCUAAAGCACUCUCCACCAGAAUCGUUGGAGGGAUCUGGUGGUUCUUUACAUUGAUAAUAAUAUCGUCCUACACUGCCAACUUGGCUGCCUUUUUAACAGUCGAAAGAAUGGAUUCGCCAAUUGACUCUGCGGAUGAUUUGGCAAAGCAGACUAAAAUUGAGUAUGGGGCAGUGAGAGAUGGAUCCACCAUGACAUUUUUCAAAAAAUCUAAAAUAUCCACAUAUGAAAAAAUGUGGGCUUUCAUGAGCAGCAGGAAAAACACCGCUCUGGUAAAAAACAACCGUGAAGGGAUUCAGAGAGUCCUCACCACAGACUACGCACUUCUUAUGGAGUCUACCAGUAUCGAGUACAUCAGCCAGAGGAACUGCAACCUCACACAGAUAGGAGGCCUGAUUGACUCUAAGGGCUAUGGAGUAGGGACCCCUAUAGGAUCACCCUACAGAGAUAAAGUGACCAUAGCAAUUCUCCAGCUACAGGAAGAGGGGAAGCUUCACAUGAUGAAGGAAAAAUGGUGGAGAGGAAACGGUUGUCCUGAAGAAGACAGUAAAGAGGCCAGCGCUUUGGGCGUGGAGAACAUUGGAGGAAUUUUCAUUGUUUUAGCAGCCGGACUUGUCCUGUCUGUCUUUGUAGCCAUUGGAGAGUUUAUAUAUAAAACCAGGAAAAACGCAGACGUUGAGCAGGUGAGUGUGGGACAGUGUGAAUGGCACAAGUACUGAGGCUGAAU